AUGAACAUUCUAUCCUUUUCGUCGCAUGUUGUUCAUGGGACCGUUGGCAAUCGAGCCAUUCAAUUUCCGUUGAAUCUUCGUGGCUGGAACGUUGAUUGUAUCAACACCACGAAUCUUUCGAACCAUCCGGGUUUCAAAACGUUCAAGGGCUCCAAGACCGACUCUUCAACCAUCUCGCAAGUUUACCAGGGAUUGGUCGAGAUUGGGCUGAAAUACGACGCUGUCAUCGUCGGGUACGUUGCCAGCGUUGCGAAUUUGCAAAGUAUCUACGAAAUACUGCGCAAUCUCAAGUACAAGCCACUGGUUGUUCUAGACCCGAUUCUCGGAGACAACGACCAGCUUUACGUUGACAAGGCCCUGAUUCCUGUUUACAAGCAGAUUCUGCAGGACCCUUUGAACUUGGUCACAUUGACCACGCCAAAUCAGUUUGAGAUCGAAACUCUAACAGACUCCAAGAUCUCGGACCAAAACUCGUUGGAUGCCACCAUUGCCAAGUUCUACAAACUGUACAAUGUCAAGUACGUGGUGAUCACGUCCGUCAAGCUGAACGACGAGAUGUACUGCGUGGGCUGUCUGGAUAAAGAGCACACGUUUUCCGUGAAAGUGGACCAGGUUCCGGCUGUUUUUUCCGGCUCGGGAGACCUGUUUCUCGGUCUUUUAACAGACUCUUUCCAUAAAACAGGAGACCUGGAGAAAUCGCUUAAAAAUACCGUCCAAGUGGUGCAGAAAGUGCUCAGUCGUACUCUCGAACUCAGCACAACAGAUAGAACGAUCGGAGAUCUGCCGUACAUCCCUUCAUUGAAACUGGUCGAGUCUAAAGAUAUAAUAGAAUGA